GAUUAGCGAUAAGAAAAAAGCGACAGGGGUAACCGGACGGUACCUAGGCAAUAUAAUAUACAAUGGUAAUAGUCAUAAAUACUGGCGCCAUGACUUUUUUCGGGGUCUAGAGUCAGCUUCACGGCUUUUGAUCACCGAGGGUCCUGGUGAUAUAUACUCGGCCCAAGCAUUGCAACGACCCUACCUUGACACCGUCUUCUCGAACCAUAGCUGACGACGCUAUCCAAGUCUGGACAACAUAUCGGCCUAUGAAUACAGGAUAAUUGAUCAUCGAGGAGGACGUCGCAUCGCCAUGUCGUGGCCACCUCUCAAGGAUCGCCUGCUGAGUCUGCUCGUGCCAGGCUUUAUCCUUUGGCCGAGUGUCAAGUCCUUUGUCAUCACUGCUUUUCAGUUCUACAUUCUGCAAGCCCACAUUCCCUCGGCUUCGAAUUUCCAGCAGGUCAGGGAUGACGCGUUCUCCAAGUUCUGGGCCAAAUUGAAUGCACCUGUUGAUCCGCCUCCGCCUCCAGUAGGCUCCAUGACUCUGGUGCCGCCAAUCCUAUCCCGGGCGCAUGGUGUGGUUCUUGAUAUCGGUCCUGGAUCCGGUACUCAUGUUGGGGAUUUUUCAGACAAUCCCAAUAUUACCACUAUCUUCGGCGCCGAGCCAAUGUCGGGUCUCCACCCAAAUCUGCAACGGAGUAUCAACGAGGCGAAGCUUUCUGGCAAGUACCACAUUCUGGGCUGUACCGCCGAGAAGAAGGAUCUCCUGGCAGCACUGAAGAAGGAAGGCGUAAGAGCGACAACAGAAAUCUUCGACACCAUUGUCUGUGUCCGUGUCCUGUGUUCUGUGCCGAAUGUUGAUGAGACAGUGACAGAAUUCUACUCUCUUCUCAAACCUGGAGGUCAGUUGAUGGUGGUUGAGCACAUCAGAAAUCCCUGGAAGAAGAAUGGCAGUGUCCUUGGUCGAUUGGCACAGUUGUUUUGGUCGGCUUGGGGCUGGACGUUUUUCAUGGCCGCAUGUGAGUUGAAUCGAGAUACUACUUUAUCGUUGAAAAGAGCGGGAGCUUGGGAAGCAGUUGAAUUGAAGACGCAUUUUGAAUGGGCGGCUCUGCCGUAUGUUUCUGGCACGCUGACCAGAGUGAGGUGACUGAAACAUGCAACGGUAUGAGACUGGGCGCUUUUGCAUAGGCACUCAAGAGAUAUAUAUACGAAUGCGCGGUUUUGUUGGAGCAUGGCGCUGAGCAUAGAUGGCUGCUGCAUGGGGAGAGCCUUGUGAGAGUGAGGCAGAAGUGGAAAUCGAGCGCCCUCUUGGCUGACAGUCCGUCGAGACAUCUCAUCGAGCAGGGUUGUCCAGGACCCGGGUAUGUGUAUUUUUGGCUGUGUGCUGUCAAGGCGAAGACGCGGCUAGUCAUCCACAAAUUGAGAUGCAGUUUGCGAAGGUCCAUGCAGACAGACACCGCACCGCAAUCAUGGUUGGAGAUUGAGACGAGGGAACAUCAGUGACGUACUUAAGUUAGUGCAGGCGCGCCCAAAGCCCCUAUUGAAAAGGGAAGUGUGUUGUCGUGUUUCAAGGACGUGUCAUAUCUUAACCAUAAAUCUAC